AUGCUGCGGCAAAUGAUACACAGAGGGCUCAAAGCUUCUUUCUACUGGCUGGGCUUAUUUGUUAGUAGGCAUCCGGUUUUUUUCCUCACCGUUCCUGCAGUCUUAACCAUCAUUUUUGGAUCUACCGUGCUGAGCAGAUUCAAGCCCGAAACGGACAUCGAGAUACUGGUUGCCCCGACCCACAGCUUUGCUAAAGUAGAGCGGAGUCUUGCGAACAGCCUUUUCCCCAUCGACCAGUCAAAAAACAAGCUGUAUUCCGACCUGCACACUCCCGGCAGAUAUGGCAGACUGAUUCUGCUGGCCAAAUCUGGGGGAAAUAUACUGGAGCUAGCCGACCAGGUCCUGCAGGUUCACAAGCAGGUGCUGGAUUUGCGGGUUAAUUACAAGGGAUUCAAUUACACUUUCGCUCAUCUCUGUGUCCUGAGCCAUCGGGAUAAGCGAUGCCUCUUGGAUGAUAUAAUUACGAUAUUCGAAGAUAUCCGCUUAGCCAUUCUAUCGAAUCACACUUUUUCAAAGGUGCCCGUGACCUAUCCAAAUACAACAUUAAAGGUAAGACGGCGAGGAUUUUGUUUUAUAACACGAUAGUCUACAACGUUUCUGCCGGCCGCGGGCAUCAAUUACCGAUUUGAGUAUCGUAUGUGGCAGUUACCCUUAAAGAGAACAUGACCGACGUACUUUGCUACCCCAAACACCGAAUGACCUGGAUUAGCAGUGGGACAAUGUAUCUGCAAUGAGACCAUAACCUACUGUCUGAAGACUGCAUUCAUUUCUCAAUGAGCAGUGGUUGUAUUCGCUCAGCCUAUUAUGUAGGCUGCAGAUUUCUUCAUAUAUCAGGCAGGCAACGCAAGGAAAUACUCAGAAUGGAUUGAACAGCCGGUGUAGGCUAGUUAUUAGCUGCAGGUUGUGAAUUGGCUGCAUAGCCUUGCACUGCUCCAAUAUAGAGGGAAUGUUCCCCUUCCUAUUCUGAUGCAGUGUAGUUCUCCCUCUCCUGCACAUAUAGAAUAACAUAGCUGAUAGACUAGUAUGGAUCCUGCAUCCUCUCAUCACCUGUAAGAUGUUGCUAUGCCUCCUAAGUGUGUGCUGUGGUUGCAGCCCUCUGCAGAUGUAUAGCUAGGCUGCUAGGCUACCUCUGCUCAUGUCAUUUUAGACAGUAGGCUAUAAAUUAGGUUCAUGUUUUAAUCAGAUGUUACACAAUUACAACAGGUAGCCUAAUUUUACAACAGGUGACCAGAUCUGUUGAUAUUACCAUGACACAUUGAGCACAUGUGAUGAAUGAGUGUAGAAAGUAGAAUAUUCUGUAUGAUCUGCCUUGAGGAAGACUCACUAUAGUGGGUCGUUACUGAGUUGAAAACGGUUCUGUACUAAGUUAGGCCUAUGCUUCACAGAGCAUCUUAAAUUGCAAGGCAUAUAUCUAGCUAGUGUUGUAUAUCCUCCAAUAAGAACAUAUCUUGUGUCAGAUAGCUAAUCCUCCCGCACCAGGCCUAGCUGUGAGUAAUGCACUGGGGCCUGCUCUGUUCAUUCAUCCUGGGCUGUCCCUAAAUCACUUCUAGAUAGCACAUCCUACCACUGUUCAUUACUCUACAUCCAAGGCCACUGUGUUCACUCACUCCGAUUGCAGGCAGUUGCUUUAUACCCUUUGACUCUGGCCCUUGCGCCCCUUGACGCCAAGCCCUCCCGCCUCAUGCGGGAAAAGAAGUUCCCGCUUUAAGGUUAGAAUAAACGGACCUUCUUUUACACCCCUCUUGGCAGAUACUUCUACAGCGCCGUUCGUCGUGUUGUGUCGCCUGCAUCAUUGAUAUUCUCUGUCUGUUUGUGCAGAUUGUCUUGACACAUUUUUUGCUUUUCAUUCAGUGCUUUGAUGUCAGCUGGCAGCUUUCUUCAUGUGUUUACAGCACUGUACUACUAAUGUUAAAUCCCUGGAUGGUAUGUCAGAAUUUCAUGGCUUCUGCUUAAAUGAGGAGUCCUUGUGGUGAAUGUUCUACUAUGAAUGUUCAAGCCCAUUGUUACUGAAUAUAUCAAUUUACAUGAUAAUAGGGAAGGAAUGGUAAUAAUAUUAUGCAAUUCCAUAUUCUGCUAACAGUGCAAGUGAUAUGUAAUUACAUUAUCCCAUGGAAUCCUUCAUUUGCUGACAUUACAGUUGUACAAUCAACAUAAAACAUUGCAUUGAAGAGAUCCAGGAUUGGCUGUACAGUACAGCAGGCUACAGUACAGUGCAGUAGCUACAAACAUUGAUCAAAUCAGACCAGCUAGGGCCCUUGUCUGAAAUGAACAAACAAGGCUUCAUUACAUUUGCAUAAUUUCACUAUUGGCUGACAAGUUAACUGUUCAUCCACUUGUCUAGGAGAUCCAUCUUCUCUGGAGGGCAGUCAAGUGUUGUCAUAUAUCUCAUCUCCACAUAUCAGUCACCUUCUGGGGGAAUUAAUGUCACUGCAUCCCUAUACUAGUGGAGCUCCGAUCUGAUAGGAUACCUACAAUAUACCUGUCUGAAAACAACUAGGCAGACAGUGAUUGGUUUAAUGCAUUUUUUAUUCAACAGUGUUUUAGUGAUCAUACACUACAGUGCAUGUGGUCUGAUUCUUUAGUAGCCGUAGUAAUGGGAUAUUCUCAAGCAUGAAUCCAAGAUACACAGUUCAAUUUACUAUAGUAGAAAUAAUGGGAAUAGCUUGCCAUAGCACACAUUUACUAUUGCUUGGCAAAUAUGAUAUAGCAUUUAUCUUAACGUAAAAUGUAUCAAAUAUGGGAAUUCAUGCAUAUUGCAAUGGUUGAUUGGCGGGUCACAGUGUUCAAAUCAUUUACAAGAUAUAACCAUAAUCCACAAUAAACUACAAAUUACAACCGUUGCUAAUAUCAGGUAACAGUAACCAAUCAGCAUAUCUCCAGCUAUGCUCUGUAGGGACUUGAGAUCCCUCUCUCAAUGUGUCUGAUAGUAACCUGUCUGUUGUGCUCCCUCCCCCAGGACGGUCGUGUAUCCUUCAUCGGCCACCAGCUGGGUGGAGUGGCCUUCUCGCCCAACAGCCGAGAUCAGCAGGUGAAGUUUGCUCGGGCCGUCCAGAUCACCUACUACCUCCGCAACCAUGGCCCCGUGGUGCAGGACGUCAUCGCAGAGAAGUGGGAGAAUGCCUUCUGCACCCUCAUCACACACCUGUCCACGCUCAGCGAGGACCUGCACAUCCAGUCUCUCACCUCCUUCAGCCUGUGGAGGGACUUCCACCAGACGGGAGUGCUGGCUAAAGGGGAGGUGCUGGUCAGCCUAGUGCUCCUUCUGCUGGCGGCCACCAUCUCCAGCUCCAUGAGGGACUGCCUGAGGGGAAAGCCCUUCCUGGGUCUGCUGGGCGUGCUCACCAUAGCCAUCGCCAACGUGACCUCCGCUGGCAUCUUCUUCAUCUCCGACGGGAAGUUUAACUCCACGCUGCUGGGGAUCCCAUUCUUCUCCAUG